CUAUUUUGUAGCUGGCAACAACAAAAAGGAAGACUAGCCUCGGAAAUGUUGUCAUUGAAUUAAAUAAAACUAGAAAUAAUUAAAUAAAAAAAAGUAUUUCAAUUUUCGAUUACCAAAUUGAAAGGCAACCCUUACCCCCAAUUUUGGUCCGUUACAAGGAGAAAUACCGACGUGUUCGCCAUGAGUUUACGGGCAUAUGUGAAGGAGAGCAUUAAUGUGGCCCUUAUUAUGGGAUCUGGUGAUAUGAUGGGCCAGUUUUUAAUUGAGAAGCGUUCAUUUAAGAAUUGGGAUGCUGCCCGCACGGCCCGUUUUAGUGCAUUGGGACUGGUAUUUGUCGGGCCAGCCCUUAAAAAGUGGUACGGCACAUUGGAUGGAUUCGUGUCAAAGGAUCAGUCUAAUCUAAAGCGUGGUGUCAAGAAAAUGCUAAUGGACCAACUCCUUUUUGCGCCACCGUUUUCUUUGGCCAUCACAUUCUUGGUGCCUUUCAUUAACGGCGAGAAAACUGACAAAAUUGUUGAACGCAUUAAGAGUGACUACUUUAAUAUAAUGCAAAAAAAUUAUAUGCUAUGGCCGGCAGCUCAAGUAAUCAAUUUUACAUUUGUCCCCACUCAAUACCAAGUGAUAUAUGCUCAGUUCGUAGCUGUUUUAUGGAAUUGCUAUCUUUCUGUGAUGCUUAACAAGAACUGAUAAAGGUAGUUGGUUUUAUGCCAUCGAAUUUUAUUGUAAAAUAAAUGAACUAGACCUACAUUA